GGACAGAGAGGAGACUGAGGUCCUCCAGGUGACUGCGCUCUCCUGACGCAUCUGCAGAGGACGAGACUGCGGCAAUGGAAAGUCUUCUGAACGAAAGUGACAUCUGGCAGCUCAACUCGUCCCUCGCCAACGAGACCGGCGGCUUGAAUCGAACCAACCCCCUGAAGCGGAACGAGGAGGUGGCCAAGGUGGAGGUGACCGUGCUCGCCCUGGUGCUGCUCCUGGCGCUGGCGGGCAACCUGUGCGUCCUGCUGGCCAUCCACACCACCAAGCACAGCCAGUCGCGCAUGUAUUACUUCAUGAAGCACCUGAGCAUCGCCGAUCUGGUGGUGGCGAUUUUCCAAGUUCUGCCGCAACUUAUCUGGGACAUCACAUUCAGGUUUUACGGACCAGACAUUCUGUGCAGGCUGGUGAAAUACCUGCAGAUCGUCGGGAUGUUCGCGUCUACUUAUAUGUUGGUUCUAAUGUCCGUGGACAGGUGCCUGGCCAUUUGUCAACCCCUACGGUCGUUGCACAGGAGGAAAGACCGUUUCUAUGUUAUAUUUUGUUGGGUGCUGAGUCUGCUCUUCAGCGUCCCGCAGAUGUUCAUCUUCUCCCUCAGAGAAGUUGGCUCUGGAGAGCACGACUGCUGGGCAGACUUCAUAAACCCGUGGGGAGCCAAAGCCUACAUCACAUGGAUAAGUCUCACCAUAUAUAUAAUCCCCGUGGCUAUUUUGAGCAUCUGCUAUGGGCUGAUCAGCUUCAAAAUAUGGCAAAACUUCAAGCUGAAAAUGAGGAGGGAGCAGUGCAUAAGCCUCACACCCAAAACCUCCAAAGGCAACACGCUGGCGCGUGUGAGCAGCGUGAAGCUCAUCUCCAAGGCGAAGAUAACCACCGUGAAAAUGACUUUUGUCAUCGUCGUGGCUUACAUCGUCUGCUGGACCCCCUUCUUCUUCGUGCAGAUGUGGUCUGCGUGGGAUCCAGCUGCGCCCCGUGAAGCCAUGCCCUUCAUCAUCUCCAUGUUGCUGGCCAGCCUCAACAGCUGCUGCAACCCCUGGAUCUACAUGUGCUUCGCCGGCCACCUCUUCCACGACCUCAGGCAGAACUUCCUGUGCUGCUCCUCUCUCUACCUCAAGUCGUCCCAGUGCCGCUGCGAGCGCGACUUCGACUCCAGCCACAAGAGCAACUCCUCGACCUUCGUCAUCAAGAGCACAAGCAGCCAGAGGAGCAUCACACAGACGUCCACCACGUGAACCUUCUG